CCUGAAGAUCCGGCAGUUGCCUCGGAACCAGCCGACCAAGGUGGGGCUUUCUUUCAAUCCACUCUGGUACAUAUAAGACGAAGUCGUUUCCAGGAUAUACGGAAAUGUUGAAAACUUGAUAUGUGGAGGGAUGCCUGGACACGUAAUUACAGGGGACAUGGUUGGGGGAAAGAUAUUUACAGGGGACAAAGUAAUGGGAAACAUUGUCAAGAAAAAAUCCCAGAAAAAAACCAAGAAGGGAAGAGAAGAACGCAGACGGGACGGAAUGGUCGAGGAUACUACUGAGAACAGCCCGCCUCCACCUUACACACCCGCCUCGACAGACCAGGGCAAUGAUAAAGCACCCAAUGAGGAUGAGAACAACAGCCCGACUUCCCCUCACGUCCACGCCAUGGCAGACCUGGGAAAUGAGAACCCUGUGAAUGAGUCAACCAUCUCUGCAAAUGCCUCUGCGGGAGACCAAGCCAAUGAUCAUGCUUCUGAGAGAGACCCCGCCAAGCUCUGGUGAAAAAGGUGAUGAGGAGGAAAGGUACAAGACAUCCUUAGGGGGGGAAUUUGGCAGAGGAAAC